AUGGUUUUUGCACAUUUGGCCGCUUAUUUGCUCGAUAAAUUUUUGGGUGACUACAUUGAAAAUUUAGAUUCGAAACAACUUAAAAUUGACUUAUGGCAUGGUGAUGUUGUUCUCGAAAAUUUGUCGUUGAAACCGAACGCACUAGCCAAUUUUAAUCUUCCUGUUACAGUGGCUACUGGUCACCUCCAAAAAUUGUCACUUCACAUUCCAUGGAAACAGUUGUAUACACAUCCGACUGAAGUCGUCAUUGAUGGUUUCUAUCUGCUUCUUACACCGAAAACUGAUGUCAACUAUGAUCCUGAACGAGAUGAACAAAAACAGUAUGAUGAAAAAAUGAAAGAAGUACUCAAAGUUGAACAAUUUCGCAAAGAAAGAGAAGAAUAUGAAAAUUCCAAAACGGUGUCAAAGCGCAAAGAUACAUUUUUGGAACGGUUACAAAUACAUAUUCUUCGUAAUCUGACAUUGUCAAUAAGCAAUAUUCAUAUUGCUUAUGAAGAUAAAACAACAAAACCUGAUCAUCCAUUUUCAUUUGGUAUUACACUCAACUACAUCAAACUUUACACAACUAAUCAUGAAUAUGUACCUGUAGUAUCGAAGGAUGAGUCACCAAUUAUAUACAAAGACAACUUACAAGCAAAUAUUGUCAAGAAGGAGAAUACAGCACCAGAUCACAUGGCUUAUAUUUUACGACCAUUAAAUAUAAGCGUUAAAAUAAAAGUUGCUGCCACACCUCAUAAACAAGAUUAUGCACGACCAGUAUUUGAUGCUAAAAUUGAUUUAGAUUAUAUCAGUUUAAAUAUCAAUCGUAAUCAGUAUUGCGAUCUACUCGACCUACUCGAAUUUCAAGAUCAUCUUAAUUUAGAAUUGAAAUAUAUUAAAUAUUAUGCUAUGAUUGAAAAUAAUACUACAGAUAAACUAACUGUCCGACGAUGGAAGUUUGCCUAUGUUGCUAUUUUAAAUGAAGAAGUUCGACCACGACUUGCAUCGUACAAAUGGGAAAAUAUCAAGGCUAAUCUUGAUCGAUUUCGCGAGUAUCAUGACGUUUACUACCAAGUAUUGACUGGUGAUACAAGUAAAAAGCAAAAGCAACGUGCUGAAGAACUCGAAAGAAAGAUCGAUGUAUUCAAUUUGCUUUUUAUUCGUCGAACUGUUGAAAUUGAGAUUAAAAAGAAGAAGGCAGAACAAAAAGAACCGGGUUGGUGGGACAAAUUGACCAGUUGGUGGACUGGAGAGUCGAACAAAGAGACUCUAGAAUUCGAUAUUGACAGUGCAACAGUAGAUGAUGAAAAGAAAAAAUUGUACGAUGCCAUUGGUUAUGCAGAAAAUGAUACAUCAUUAGCUUAUCCAGAAGAAUAUGUUGAUAUUGAUCUGACAAUUCGACUGAGUAUGCUCGAAAUCAACGUCUGGUCGAAUAUCAACGAAAACGAUUCACAACUCAAAGUAAUUGCUUCUGCCGCUAUACCCGAUGUUGGUUUUAUAUUCAAACGGCGUCCAGCCAAAUCAGCUUUUCUAUUUGUUAUCGAUUUGGGCUCAUUCCAAGUAUUUGGUGUUACUGCCGAUGCAAUCAUAAUAGAGAAGUCGAAUGAUAAUCGUCCCGUUCUUGCUAAACCGGCGAAUGAAAUACAAUUAAAAGACAAAGAUCUAUUGCAUAUCGAAUAUGAAACUAAUCCAUUGGAUAGACCAUCUGAAAAUCGUAUACAAGUUAUAUUACAAUCGCUCGAGAUCACUUAUGAUGCGUUUACUAUCAACAAACUUGUCGAAUGUUUCCAGCCUGAUAGAAAGCGUGAUUUACAAGGCAUCAAAGAAAUUGCUUAUUCAGCAUUUAAUGAUAUCAAAUAUCGUACACAUUUUCUUUUCAAUCAUUAUCUAAAAAAUAUUCAAGCAUCAGACAUUAAUAUUGAUCUUCAACCUUCCUUUUUUCUCGUGCCAGAAAACGGUGUUUAUCGACAUGGUUGCUCAGUGCUCUGUUUGGAUUUUGGUCAUUUUACAUUUAAAGGUGGUCCUAGUUACAGUGAUAAGGACAUAGAAAUAGAAAAAACAUCUGAAAAUAUUACAAAUAUCGAUGAUGCUCAUGAAUCUCCUUGGAAGAUCGAUGUACAAAUUUCAGCUAUCGAUGGUCGAUUGUCUGAUACACAUAUUUUCGAAAUUGUCAAACUUUUUCAAUCCAUACCAUUUCCUGAAUCGAAAGAAGAAGAGGUAGAAACUGAAAUACUCGUAGAGUCAACAACAUUCGAAGUCACUGUGCCUCGUCAAAACACGAAAAAAACAUUGGAAGCAGUGGAAAGUAUGACACCAGUACAAAAAAUCAUGCAAGAAGCAGCUAGUGCCGAAGCAGAAGAUAAAACAAAUGAGCAGAUACCAGCAGAGAUCGUCAAGAAAAAAGUCGAUUUACAAGAGCAAAUAAUAGAACUUGAAGCUACUUUUGAACUUCCACGAAUUCAUCUACUCAUCGAAGAGUCUUUAUCAGAUUCAUCUAACGAUACUCAGCCAUUUGUUCGUAUUUCACUUCUAUCAAUUAUUGCUCGAGCUACAAUGAAAACAUUUGACAUCGAUUUCAAUGCAUCUCUGGCAGAUUUUAUUAUUGUUCAUGAACAAUUUAUUACUAAUAAUAAUGAUCGACUUUGUUUAAUUACUAUGGAAAGAGUUCGUGAUCGAGAAAAUGAUAAACUAAUUAGUAUCAAUGGCUUACUGACAUCACCUGUAAAUCCUAAUUUUGCAUCUAUUCCUUACAAUAAUAUCGAAAAUCAGAUAUGUCUGCAUAUUGGUAAACCUGUUUUCAUGUUACAAUUAGAAGCACUUCUGUCCAUUAUUCGAUUUAAAAAUAAUCUUAUGGAAAAAAUAUCGAGAGAACAACAUCAUUUACCGGACAAUACAAUAGCAAAAAGACGAGCUACAGCGAAAGAGAAUCCGAAACAUGUUGUCAAGAAGGAUCCGGCAUCAGGAAUGCCAACAUUUCAAAUCGAUGCUGAUCUAAAAGGAUUACGUGCAAUAAUUGGACUCGAAUUCUUCCAAAUAAUUGAUAUUCAAAGUCAAGGCCUUCGUGCCCAUAUAUUGAAUUCGGUCGAAAAAACAUCAGCCAAUUUGAUUCUUACUGAUUUGCGUGUCUUUGAUCCUAAUCCAAAAGCACGCUAUCGUCAUAUUAUCUCGCAACAAAGCACUGAUAAGCAACUGUUAUGUGUCGAUUUUACUCUCUUCAAUUAUCCAAAAAAAUAUGAGAAAACACUUGACGAUGUUGAUUGUGAUAUCAAAAUACAAUUAAUUAAAACAAAUAUAGUCCUUCUCUACAAGCAUGUAGACCUCAUUUUGAACUUAGUCAAUUUAUUCCAAACGAAAAAAACUGAACAUGAUGUUUCUUCAAAUGAGCCAAGUGCUGUCUCUGAAACUAUGGAAAAAUUUCAAAAUCAAGCACGCAAACUUCGUCUCGAUGUAACACUCGACGCACCGAGCAUACUUGUUCCAACAAGUUCUUAUUCGAACGAAGGACUUUUCAUUGAUCUGGGCCAAUUAACGGCACAGACACAUUUUACCGAUGAUCCAAAUCGUUCAUUUAUCGAGCAACAAGUAGUAACCAUGAAAAAAUUAUUUGCAAGCCGAGUUCAACUCGGCAAAAACAAUGAAACAUGCGGUGACAUUAGUCUACUUCAAUGUGCUGAACUUAGUACAUUGAUCGAUCGUCUGUUAUAUCCAGAAAAGGUUCAAAAUGAACCACAAAUUUCUAUUGUGACCAAUUGGGAUACUAUUCAAUUUACACUAGCCAAAGAUGAUUAUGCAUGUAUAAUGAAAAUAGUUAAGGAAAAUUUUUCAGAAAAGAUUUACCACAAGAUACCAAAGUCUACUGUUCAAGAAAAGACUGAAUAUAGACAAAAUAGUCAAAAGAAUGUCACUAUCACAAACAAAAAUCAAGAAAAUUUAAAUGGUAAUCAAGUCUUGGAAAAAAUUCAUUUCAAUGCUGAAAUAAAGAAAAUUGCUAUAACACUCUAUCUCAACGAAUCAAAAUUCAUCCCUCGACACGCAUCACGUAAUGAAAAUUUAAAAUUUCUUGAUUUGCGAUUUGAAAUGCUCAAAGCUCACUUUCGGCAAUUGUCUGAUUCAAGUUACGAUGGUAAAGCACAAAUACAAACGCUCUUAUUAGAUGAUCUACGAAAAGCAAAUGAAUUCAAUAGUGUUACACGUAUGAUCGAUCGAAACUUCAAUGUCGAUCCAAGUGCACCUAUGUUCACAGUUACUCUCGAAUUUAAAAAAGAAAAUGAACAACAAUCUAGUGGUGUUCGACAAGUCGAUGCUCAACUUGAAAGUUUUUAUAUUUGCAUGAGUCCAGACUAUUUUAUGGUAUUACAUGACUUUUUCAUCGCGAGUCUGUCAUUAAGUGAUGAGAAGAAACCGCAUCCAUCAAUUAUGUAUUCAGAAACAUUAUCUGAUAUUGAUUAUGAUAUGCCACUACCAGCAAAGCCCAUAUCAACAUUCCGUCGACCGAAUCGACCAUCCAGUGAUGCAUCAGAAUCUAUAUUACGUUCACCUGAGAGACCGUCCGAGACUCUCUUUACGACCCAAGAUGUAUCACCCGAAGCUGGUGAUUAUCUUCAGACUAAAGUUAAUGUCGUAAUCAAAAGCCCAGAAAUUAUUUUACUUGAAGAUCAACAUAAUAACAAUUCGAACUGUCUUGUAUUUAGUAUUUUGCAACCGGUCAGUAUCGAUGCCAUUUUAAUUAUGAACUUGAAACAGCAAAAGAUCGAUGUAUCCAUUGGAGAUAUUACCAUUCAAAUAUCUCCAUCAGCAGUUCGUACAGUUCUCAAUUUGGUAAAAUUAAUGGGCAAACUUGAAACUCCCAUUCGAAAUGAAACGGAAAAAAUUAAUUCGAAAGGAAUCUUUGAUACAAAACCAUUCAAAGAUGCAAGCUUUUGGUUUAUUAAAGAUAAUGAAGAGAAACAAGAAUUAAUGGAACAGACAGAUGUUUUGGAAUUAACUACUGGUACUCCUUCAAAUAAGAAAGCCGCAAUUGAAGAAGCAAACAAAGAGAAGGAAGAAGAAGAGAAAAUCCAAACUCAAAAUAUUCUCUCUCAAGAACUUAGUUUGAUUUUGAAAGUAAUCGAAAUUAAACUUGAACUUGGCACAGGCCCAUCAACUAAACCAGUGAUAGCUAUGUGCCUUUCGAAUCUGUUUGUCGAUAUGAAAAAUUGGUCCAGUGAUAUAAGUAUUUCGUCUAAAAUUCAUGUUGAAUUAGCCUUAUUCAAUGAUAAUUUAUUGGCAUGGGAACCACUUAUUGAACCAGUUAUCAAUGAAUGUGGUGAAGUUGAAUGUCCAUGGUCUAUUACAUGUUCGACCUCAAAUUAUGAACAAGACGAAGAAAAUGACGAACAGUCACGAUUCUUACUUGAUGAUCCAAAAUCGUCUUCAAAUACUGAACAAAAACCAAAAGAUGAUAGUGUGAGUUUGGAUGCUAAACACGUUAUUUAUGUUCGAGCUGAUCAUUUGCUCAACGUUACCAUAACAAAGACGAUGCUGAAUCUUGGGCAACGCCUUUCCACUAUGAUUAAAGAUGCUUAUAAUAAACAAUCGCCAUGGAAUGAAGAUGAUGAUGAUCGAUCAAUGUUAUCAAUACACAACAUGACGGGAUGUGAUAUUUACAUUGAUAAUUUAAGUGGAAUUAAGUUUCUCGAGAAUAAGAAAUUAGAUACUCCAAUUCAUCUCACAAAUCAUGAUUCAAUUCCAUUAACAGUACCUAGUGAACGAUUAUUGGCGACACGAAUUCCAGCUAUUGCUGAACAAAUCUCUAAUAGAAGACAAGAAUUUUCUGUUACAAUCGCCAAUCAAGUCAAAACAAUAGAUAUCAAUCAAACAUGGAGACGAAUAUUUGAUUUGGGUCCAUCAUCUAUUCCAAAUUGGCCUAUUCAAUUGCUUUGUGAUUCUCAAUUAUACAAUGAUCGUCGACGAAUAGUUCUAAGUUCAAUCAUCAAAAUAUUCAACAGAGCUACAAUGCCAGUGAUGAUUUUGGAUAUUGAUUCAGUUGAACUGGGAACAUAUCGUGAAGUAGCUCGCGUCGAAGCCAAUGGAGAGUUGUAUCUUCCACUUGAACUAGUUUAUGUGCGCAUGAAUCCACGUCUAUUUAUUAGUAUCGAAGAAGCUAAAUCUACGAAUGGAGUUCAGGAUUUUAUUUCAUUCGACUGGGAAAUCGAGUCUUCUGCUGAUCGCGUAUUAAAGAUGAAAAAUGGCAAAGAUGCUAAUCUUGUUUUCUACAAAGAAUCAAAGGAAGCUUAUUCAGAAAAUACUGAUGAACCUAUUCGAACUUCAUUUCAUGUCUACGUCAAACUAGCUCUUCAUCUCAUUAAUCUCUUAUCGGUUGAUGUAGAAUGUUGGAUUGAUAUUCCAUGCUAUAACGAUGCUAAAUGGAUAUCGGAACCAAUUGAUUUGAAAAGUAAAAGCAACAAUAGUCACAAUGAUCAUCCUGUUAUAUUUCAUAAUGCUACCACACAAGAAACAUUGGGUAAUAUACGUCUCUUCAGCAAGGAACAAGAUGAUGUGAUGUCAGAAUGGUCUGAAGACUUUUCACUUGAUGUAAUCAAAAGUACUGGAAUAGCUAGCUGUAAAGUAUCCAAUGCUAGAACCUAUAUGAUCUGUAUUGAUAUUGUGACUACUUCAUUUGGUAUGACAAAAAUUCUUACAUUGGCCCCAUCCACGGUCGUCAUUAAUAAAUCAACUAUUGAAAUUGAAGUUACUGAAGCACAAUCAGAGAUAGAACAGGAACAAUGGAGAUCAGUAAAACCUGAAGAAAUUAUUCCGUUCUGGCCACGCAAUUUGGAAGGAGCUGUCAUGCGUGUUCGUUAUGCGCAUAAUCGAAUAUCAUCAACUGCAUUCUCAUUCACACAAAAACAUCGAACAUUGUUGCAUAUGGAUGAUGAAGAGCGACCAGCACUUCAAGUUGAAGUUAUUGCGACUGAUUUCGAUGGAUUUCGUGUUGUUUUUGGUGAUUACAAGAUUGGCGAUGCGCCUGUCUUACUGGUCAACUGUUUAAAAUAUUUACCGGUUGCAUUCUGUCAAGCAAAUGAUGUACGAACGCAAGUCUUGCCACCACUACACUACGUUUAUUAUACGUGGGUCAAUCCAUUAAAACCACGAACAUUAGCCAUCGCGUGUCAAGAUCAAAGUGUAUCAAUUGAACUUAACUCACUUUGUGGUGUUCUUGAAGCAAAAGAUCAACAACCUGUGUACUAUGCCGUAUUUCAAGAUGGUCCUCAAACAGUAUUACUUUUCGCUGAAGAAACAGCUCUUAUUGAAGCUGUUACAAAUGUGCGUUAA